UGGCACAGUAGGGGAUAAAUAGCAUCGCGCUUCCUGUUCCGUUUCGAGCCAGUUGUCUUAUUACUUCAGUUACUCCAAGAGCCGUCACCUACUUCAACAUUUUUAUUUUAGAAAACCAUGAAACUUUUGUUUGCUUUCGCAUGCUUGCUUGCCGUUUCUAGAGCGCAAACGACAAACUAUCCAUACAGUGCUUAUUUAGACACAGAUGGGUAUUUUCUGCUGAAGUGGGAUGUUCGCUCAAUUCAGGGGGAUAUCGAAAUGCAGUUUGUGGUAAACGCUACAGGAUGGGUGAGCUUGCUCAUCGCUUCCGAGGACGGAUCCUAUGCCGACGUGAUUUUUGGUGGCUAUAAUGAAGCGACAACUUAUGGCUACUACGCUGACAUGCAUUGCAAUUUACUCGCUGGACCAUCUCAUACAGUCCCGAUAAAUGAUGAAAGCCCAGAUUUGGUUUUCCAGAGCGCAACGUACGAUGCGCCCUAUACCACAUUGACAGUUAAACGGUCCAUUUAUACGGGAGAUAAGGAUGACGUUGCGAUUCGCGCCGGACCUCUCUUACUUGGGUGGUCUUUCAGCGAUACGGACACCUCUACCGUUCCCCACACUAACGCCGGAUUUGCUUCCCUAGCCCUUAUUCCCGCUUAACAGCUUAGUCGACGAUUAACUUCAAAACCUUUCCUUACAUUAUGUUUUCAUGAUCACCAUAUUCUUGAAGCAACUUUCCAUAGCUUUUGAUGGUGAUUCGUGUUUUGGCCAAUUUUACUUUAAGCGGGAUCGAAAUUUCAAAUGAUGAAUGAAUACAAUGUAGUCUACAAUUUUAA